UGGCUCUGUUACUAAAAGUCUCCUGAUUUCCAAGCUCCAUUGACCAUUGUGAAGUAUGAGUGUGUGGGUACUACUGCUGAGUCUCCUCUGGUCUCUGGUGGAGGUCCACGCUCAGACCUUUCCCCGUCUCUCCUUCAUGAGCCAGACUCUGGCCAACCAUUCCUAUGUGGACCUCAGUCAAGUGGGGAGACCUGAAUUUGAUGGCAGUGAAGGUGUUCAGUGUAUCACUGACCUGGUCACAUGUUGUAGUAGUGAGCAGGGUCCUCAUCGUGGAGACUGGUAUUUCCCUGAUGGAACUAGACUGCCUCACCCUGCAUCUGAUGUUGAUACCUUUGAGACUCGUGAGGCCCAGAGAGUUGACAUACGUCGUAACAGUGGUGCGAACUCACCAACUGGUAUCUAUCGCUGUGAAAUUCCAACUAAUGCUGUCCAUGAUGGUACUGACACCUCAGUGAGAGACACAGUCUAUGUGGGACUGUAUACUGCUAAUAGAGGAGACGUUGAAAUAUCAGGCGAAAUGGAAUUCUCCGAAGCCCUCCGUGGACCCAGUCCUCAGUUCACCCUGGCCUGUAUCUCCACUGGUGGACCUGCUACCACUGUCACUUGGACCAGAGACUCCACCACUGUCACCCAAGGAACCGAGACUGUGUUAAAAUGACCCAGUGACUGCACAGUACACCCACACUCUGACUGUGACUGGGAGACUGCCUGGACUCUACACAUGUACUGUAGCUAAUAACAAGCCAUCCAACGCUUUGGUGAUGAGAGCGUUUUUACUGGAAGCUCCCACGAAUGCUCCAGAGAUGUUCAAGGCAGUAGCUGGAGAGAGAUAUGUGGUGUUCUCCUGGUCUCCCCACGUGACUCAUCUCCAUGGAGCCAUUGAUAACUACACACUCUCCUGCUCCCCCUCCCCCUCCUCCCUCCCCCAGUCCCCCUCCUCCCAGUCUGGGAGCCUCACUGCCACUGGCUUCUCUCCCAACACUCUCUACUUCUGCUCUCUUACUCCUAACAACCUCUGGGGCUCGGGGCCUCCUGCUAGAGCUAACCUCAGCUAUACCUACUUUCAACUGCGGCUUAAAGGAGGGUUACCUUGCACGGAAGUAAUAGCAACACUCACAGAGCAGAAACUGGAUGAUGUUAGAGCUGCAGUAUUGGAGCAGCUGGAGGCUUCCUGUGCCGAAUGUGCAAGUGAAAACAUAAACAGACAGUCGUUUUCCUGUUUUGAGGAAUCUCCGUCAUUCCUGACCUAUCGAGCCAGACUGGAAGGGACCUCAGCUACUGAUAGUGGCUCCCUCAUCUCUCUGAUAGAGGCCUGGGUGAGAGGAGGCGGGGCCAGCGUCAUUGUGACUGGAGUACUAAUGAUUGUAGAUUCACGGUGUUCAGUGGCCAUCUCUUCUCCUGGUGAACCAGAGUGCUCUCGACCAACUACAACAUCUCCUACACCUCACAUUACCUCAAACUUCCGCCAUUUCAUCUACUCAGAGUUGUGCUGAAAACACCCCAGCAAUUAUUGGAGGGGCAGUUGCAAUUGCCAUAGCUCUAAUCACUGCAGCUACCAUUAUAGCUGUAGUUGCUCUAGUUCUAAGGAAUCGUCCUCACACUAUCAAGAAAACUUCAACAGAAGGGACUGCUAUACACACAGCUACUAAUACAGCCUAUGGGACGACAAAGAGAAAGCCAGAGAGGAUAGGGGGUGCCCCUACCAUCUCAUCAUCGUCAGAUAUUGGACCGAUUGAGGAAGAGAAGAUGUAUGAGAUGAUGCCAGUAGAAGAAAAGUGAACGUAUACUGUAGGACUGUAGAUUUGUUCAGUACUUAUAAUACUCUUUAAUUAGACUCAUGCACUAUUCCCUCAUAUAUAAACUUUCAAAAUUGUGCACUGUUUGUUUAUAUAGCUAUAAUAUACUCACACAUCCUUUUCAGACUACAAGCAGAUACUCAGAAGGGGUAAAGUGAUGCAAUCAAU